AUGGGUCACUGGAGGAAUCUCUUUGGUGCCGAUCGUGGCAGGACCCGGCACCGUCUCGAGGUUGAACGUCGUCGGUUGCUCCCUGUCAAUGGUGCCGAUGAGCCCCAAGCCUCUCACACGUCAAAGGAAAUUGCCAAGGUUGCUCUUCGACUGAAAUAUCAAAUCGAGCAGGUUGUCUCCUGCGAGAUUGAGGCCAAUCUCUUGACGGACCCAAACAGCCGCAUCAUCACAGACGACGUCGUUGCAACCGCCAGGCAAGCUGGCGGUGAUGACUAUAAAGCUUGUGUCGUUUAUUGCCUCCUUAUUUGUCUGCGAUGGUUCCAGAUUCAAUCCAACGUCGAGCUUUGGGAUUCCGAUCUGCAUGAGGUUCGGGCUGUUGCUUGCGAGGUCAUUGCCAAGCGCAUCAUUGAAUCCGAGGAGGAUCAAGACUACUUACUAAGAGACGUUCUACUCAAACGAUACUCUAUUUUCAGUGAAGGGGUAGAAACUGAUCCUGCCAAUGUCAUUGAACGCGCGGUAGAUCUUCAUGCUCUGAGAAUCAUUAGCUCGGCUGGAUACCAGAAAUGUAUCCAGUAUCUAUGGAGAGGCUGGAUCUGUCAGGAAGAGGGCAAUCCAACUAACUUUGUUGAUUACAAGGAGAAGUGUAACACGGGCUAUUGGGUUCAUUUUCACCCUGAUCGAAUGAGGACUCCUCUAUAUCAGAAUGUUUGUCAAAUUCUGUUCUCCUUGAUCUACCUUGCGAUUUAUACCGCAGUUAUCAAUACCGUGAACCCAACUGGUGAUCUGGAUAUCGGCGAAUGCAUUCUUUAUGGUAUGACUCUUGCGUUCAUGUGCGAUGAAUUAGUCAAGUUCUGGAAGGUUGGAUGGAAUUAUCUCGAAUUUUGGAAUGCAUUCAACUCCACGCUAUACGCGAUACUUGCAGUGUCGCUCAUCCUCCGUUUUGUUGCCCUGGCACACUCGUCAUCUACCCAUGAUCAUCAACGGCAGCUAUAUAACGAGCUCAGUUACAACUUCCUAGCUUUUGCAGGCCCUAUGUUCUGGAUGCGCAUGAUGCUAUAUCUUGAUUCGUUCCGGUUCUUCGGCGCCAUGUUCGUGGUUCUUCGCGUCAUGAUGAAAGAGAGCUUAAUCUUCUUCGCUCUUCUGUUUGUGGUUAUGGCUGGUUUCUUCCAAGCCUUUGUCGGCAUGGCUCAGGUGGAGGAUGAUACCUCUCUCCACCGGAAUAUCCUUCAGGGAAUGAUGAAUAGCAUCAUGCAGAGUCCUGAGUUCAGCACUUUUCAGGAGUUUGCAUUCCCCUUCGGUAUCAUUCUCUACUAUGUUUUCAACUUCAUCGUCAUGACCGUUCUCUUGAACAUUCUCAUCGCCUUGUACAACAGUGCAUACGAAGAUAUCUCUGGUAAUGCAACCGACGAAUACUUGUCCAUUUUCGCACAAAAGACUAUGCAGUUCGUUCGCGCCCCAGAUGAGAACGUCUUCAUCCCACCAUUCAAUCUCGUCGAGAUUCUGUUUCUGGUAGCUCCAUUUGAAUGGUGGCUUUCACGGGAGACCUAUGCCAAGCUGAAUGACUUUGUAAUGGGCGUGAUCUACUCCCCUCUGCUUGUCGUCUCUGCCUGGGUUGAAACCCGCCAAGCGCACCAGAUUCGAUGGAACCGUCACCGUGGCGAAGAAGAUGAUGACUGCGCUCAGGAAUGGGAGCAUGUGGCUAGGGAGGUUAAUUUCGAUCUCGACGAUACUUGGAAACAGCAGGUCGUUGAAUCCACGCCAGAUAUCAAGGUUGAUAGUUGCCUAUACGAAAUCAGAGAGCUGAGGGAGCAGGUUAAGAUGUUGACGGAGACAGUCAAGGAAUUGGUAGAGAAGGUGGAAAGGAAGGCGCGUCGAGCGGCGAAUCCUCUGGAACCAAAAUUGGCAAAGCUCGUGGACGACCCUCAGAUUCAUAAUGCCUCGUUGCAUAACCCGCUCCCUUGGCAAUUGCAUACAUACGUCUGGCCAUUCCUGAUUAUAUGGCCCGCGUUCUUCGCCUUCUAUCUCUCCCCCGAGCGCUAUGAUACCUAUAUUCAGGGACAGGAAUGGACCUUCGUUUGGUCUGGAUCUAUCAUUACGAUUCAGUCGCUCUUCUGGUUGAUGACUCAGUGGAACAUUGACAUCAACACGCUAUUCACCACUACUCGCGCCAAGUCAAUCGACACCGCCCGGCUUAUCAAGGUAGUCCCCAUCACCAAUGCUGGCUCUGCCGAGAUUUGUACCUUGAUCAAUGAGACCACCGGCCCGAAGAGGACCCUCUCCUUCCUUUUCCAGAAGCGCCGUUUCCUCUUCUAUCCCGAGACUCGCACCUUCGCGCCUCUGUCCUACGUCCUCGAUGCCGAACCGAAACCCGCUCUCAAGACUUUCCAGCUCACCGAGGGUCUGGCAUCUAAGGCCGAGGUUGACCGCGUCCACCACCACUACGGCGAUAACACUUUCGACAUCCCCGUUCCCGGCUUCGUCGAGUUAUUCAAAGAGCAUGCUGUCGCGCCGUUCUUCGUAUUCCAAAUUUUCUGCGUCGGAUUGUGGAUGCUGGAUGAAUACUGGUACUACUCGCUCUUCACGCUGUUCAUGCUUGUUGCUUUUGAGAGUACCGUUGUAUGGCAGCGCCAGAGAACCUUGAACGAAUUCCGUGGAAUGAGCAUCAAGCCCUACGAUGUCUGGGUCUACCGUGAACGCAAAUGGCAGGAGAUUACCAGCGACAAGCUUCUCCCCGGUGAUCUCAUGUCGGUGAAUCGUACCAAGGAGGACAGCGGCGUUGCCUGCGAUAUUCUUCUGGUUGAAGGCAGUGUAAUUGUGAACGAGGCCAUGCUUUCUGGUGAGAGUACACCGCUUCUGAAAGAGUCCGUUCAGCUCCGUCCCGGCGAUGACUUGAUUGAACCGGAUGGAUUGGAUAAGCUUUCCUUUGUGCACGGAGGUACCAAGGUUCUGCAGGUUACUCAUCCCAACUCGAAUGGCGACUCUGCUCUGAAGAACUUGGCUAGCAGCGUCACUAUGGCCCCCGACAAUGGUGCUUUGGGUGUAGUUGUUAAGACCGGAUUCGAAACCAGCCAAGGUAGUCUUGUUCGAACUAUGAUUUAUUCAACUGAACGUGUCUCUGCCAACAAUGUCGAGGCUUUGUUGUUCAUUCUCUUCCUGUUGAUUUUCGCCAUUGCCGCUUCUUGGUAUGUGUGGCAGGAGGGUGUCACCCGGGACCGCAAGCGAUCCAAGCUUUUGCUGGACUGUGUCCUCAUCAUUACGAGCGUUGUUCCCCCUGAGCUGCCUAUGGAGCUGAGCUUGGCUGUCAACACCAGUCUGGCUGCUUUGAGCAAAUUUGCCAUUUUCUGCACUGAGCCUUUCCGUAUCCCCUUCGCUGGUCGUGUUGACGUGGCUUGCUUCGAUAAGACCGGUACCCUAACUGGCGAGGACCUUGUUGUCGAUGGUAUCGCUGGUCUCACUUUGGGUGAGGCUGGUUCCAAGGUCGAAGCUGAUGGCGCUCACACUGAAUUGGCCAAUUCUUCUGCUGCUGGACCCGACACAACCCUCGUUCUUGCUAGUGCUCACGCUCUGGUGAAGCUGGAUGAGGGCGAUGUUGUUGGCGACCCUAUGGAAAAGGCUACUCUGGAAUGGCUCGGCUGGACCCUGGGCAAGAACGACACUCUCUCCCCCAAGGCCAACGCCCCGGUCAUCUCUGGUCGCAAUGUCGAGUCUGUUCAAAUCAAGAGAAGAUUCCAGUUCUCCUCGGCCCUGAAGCGCCAAAGUACUAUUGCAACCAUUACGACCAAUGAUCGCAAAACCUCCAAAAAGGUCAAGUCCACUUUUGUUGGUGUCAAGGGUGCCCCCGAAACCAUCAGUACCAUGUUGGUCAACGCACCUCCCAAUUACGAAGAGACUUUCAAGCACUUCACGCGCAACGGUGCUCGUGUGCUUGCCAUUGCCUACAAGUACCUUUCCCAGGAAUCCGAACUUACUCAGGGUCGCAUUAACAACUACGUUCGCGAAGAGAUCGAAUCCGAUCUAAUUUUUGCUGGCUUCCUUGUCCUACAGUGUCCCCUGAAGGACGAUGCUAUCAAGUCUGUCCGUAUGCUGAAUGAAAGUAGCCACCGUGUGGUUAUGAUCACCGGUGAUAACCCACUGACUGCUGUCCACGUUGCACGCAAAGUCGAAAUCGUCGAUCGUGAGGUUCUUAUUCUUGAUGCCCCGGAGCAUGACAACUCUGGAACCAGGAUUGUCUGGCGUACUAUUGAUGACAAGCUCAAUAUUGACGUUGACCCCACCAAGCCUCUCGACCCGGAGAUUUUGAAGACCAAGGACAUUUGUAUUACUGGAUAUGCUUUGGCAAAGUUCAAGGACCAGAAGGCUCUUCCCGACCUCCUCCGUCAUACCUGGGUUUAUGCUCGUGUGUCUCCCAAGCAAAAGGAAGACAUUCUUCUGGGUCUCAAGGACGCUGGAUACACGACUCUGAUGUGCGGUGAUGGUACCAACGAUGUUGGUGCUCUGAAGCAAGCGCACAUUGGUGUUGCACUUCUGAACGGCUCACAGGAGGAUCUCACCAAGAUCGCUGACCACUACCGGACUACCAAGAUGAAGGAGCUGUACGAGAAGCAAGUCAGUAUGAUGCAAAGAUUCAAUCAGCCCUCUCCUCCAGUGCCCGUUCACAUCGCCCACUUGUACCCUCCCGGCCCUACCAACCCACACUACCAGAAGGCUAUGGAGCGGGAGGCUCAGCGCAAGGGUGCCGCUAUUACUGCUGGUAGCCCCGAAGCUAUUCCAACCAUCACUUCCCCCGGUGCUCAGGCCCUGCAGCAAUCCAACUUGACUCCCCACCAGCAGAGACAGCAGCAGGCCCAGGCUGCCGCAGCUGGUCUUGCAGAUAAGCUUACAGCUUCGAUGCUGGAGCAGGAGCUGGAUGACAGCGAGCCUCCUACCAUCAAGCUAGGUGAUGCGUCCGUCGCCGCUCCGUUCACUAGCAAGUUGGCCAACGUUAUUGCCAUCCCAAACAUCAUCCGUCAAGGCCGUUGUACCCUUGUUGCGACAAUUCAGAUGUACAAGAUUCUUGCUCUGAACUGCUUGAUCAGUGCCUACAGCUUGAGUGUCAUCUACUUGGAUGGCAUUAAGUUCGGCGAUGGACAAGUUACCAUCAGUGGUAUGAUGAUGAGUGUUUGCUUCCUGUCUAUCUCCCGCGCAAAGUCUGUUGAGGGUCUGUCUAAGGAGCGUCCUCAGCCAAACAUUUUCAACGUCUACAUCAUUGGAUCUGUUCUUGGACAAUUUGCCAUCCACAUUGUGACUCUGAUCUACCUGUCCAACUAUGUUUAUAAGCAUGAGCCGAGAGAAUCCGAUAUUGACCUCGAGGGCGAGUUUGAGCCUUCUCUCCUGAACAGUGCCAUCUACCUUCUGCAACUGAUUCAGCAAAUCUCCACCUUCUCGAUCAACUACCAGGGCCGUCCCUUCCGCGAGUCCAUUCGUGAGAACAAGGCGAUGUACUGGGGUCUCGUCGGUGCGUCGGCCGUCGCAUUCUCCUGCGCCACCGAGUUCAUCCCGGAGCUGAACGAGAAGCUGCGUCUCGUGCCCUUCACCAACGAGUUCAAGAUCACCCUGACCGUGCUGAUGAUCUUCGACUACGGUGGCUGCUGGCUGAUUGAGAACGUUCUGAAGCACUUCUUCAGCGACUUCCGUCCCAAGGACAUUGCUAUUCGUCGCCCUGAUCAGCUCAAACGCGAGGAGCAGCGCAAGUUGCAAGAACAAGUUGAGGCUGAGGCUCAGAAGGAGCAGGAAAGAAAGAUCUAG